GACAACACCGUAGCAAUAACUGUAUCUUGUUAUAGUAAUAAACAAGUUUACGAAUAAGUCGUAAUAACAAAAUGUAUCUUAUUGAUUGAGAUGACAUUGCCAAUGUGUCCUCAUAAUGAUUAUAUAUGACGAAAGAAGCUUGCUAAAGUCAAUUUUUAAAAAUGCAUUUUUCUAUACCAGACACUCAACAAGCAACAGAUGAAAAUGGAUCAUCUUUUUGGUAUUUUCAUAUUCAUGUUAAUGGGGUUUAUCAUUGCAAGCAGCGAUAUAGUCAGCUAGACAAAUUUUAUGAAAAGUUAACAAACACAUACCCUGAUAGUAUGCCAAGCAAGUUGUUUCCACCUAAGAAACUAUUCUCUUUAAGUACUGAGCAGCUUGAAGAGAGGCGAGAGCAACUGGAAAAAUUCAUUCAGUUUAUUAGUCAAGAUCCAAUUUUGGGUGCCAGUGAUGAGUUUAACAAUUUUUUGCUUCAAGCACAACAGGAUGAUUAUGACAUGGAACCAACUGAAGUUGCAAUUGAGAUCUUUUUAAUGAAUGGAAACAAAGUAUCUGUUAACGUAAUGACAAACGAUAAAAAUGACAAAGUUUAUGAGGCUGCAAUGAAUAAAAUUGGCUUAAAAGAAGAUUUUUUUUAUUACUUUGCAUUGUUCAUGGUUGAGAAAGUUGAUAAUGAUGAAAUAAGAAUCGUACGAAAGCUUCAAGAUUUUGAAUCUCCUUAUUUGUCGUUAAAAGCUGUUGAGCAAAAACCUCAUCGCAUUGUUAUAAGAAAAAAUUAUUGGAAUUCAAAAUAUGAUGAAGACUUGAUUAAUGAUAGAGUUGCUAUGAAUCUUCUCUAUGUACAGACAGUGGAUGAUCUAGAUCGAGGUUGGGUUUUGUGUACAAAUGAACAGAAAAGCAAACUUAAUGAUUUACAAGAAAGAAACUUACGUAAAGAGUUUUUGCAAAUGGCUUCAAAAUUGAAGUUUUAUGGUUAUACCCAUUAUCUGCCAUGCAAAGCUAACUAUCCAAAAGACAACUCCACUGUAUUGAUGGCAUCUGGUAAUAGAGAGUUUAAUAUCAGAGUGAAAACUGAAGAUAAAAAAGUAAUGGAAGGAAGUUUUGUUAUUCAAAAGAUCAGAUCUUGGAAAUUAUCGUCCACGCCAGAUAGCGAAAAAAAAGAAAACCUUCAAUUUUCAUUUGAAUACUUGUUUAAGAAAGGUGAUAUCAGAUGGAUCAAUGUUGAGAGCACUCAGGCAGUGAUGAUGAGUAUGGUCAUGCAAGGAAUAGUAGACGAAAUUUUAAGAGAACAAAGUGGUAAAGGAAUUCGAAAAAAAGGUGAAGAAAAUACUGAGUCUUCUAUUGGUUCAUCAGAUGCAAUUAAAAAAGCUGUUAACCAUUCGGAGGAAAAGACAAAUAAAACUUUAAAGAAAAAGAAUAACCUGAAAAAAAAUGAAGUAUUUGCCUCACAUGAUAUUGGAGAUGAUGAUUUAUAAAUUAUCAGAGUUUUAAGAAAAGGAUUAUAGUAACCUCAUAAAUAACAAAUGACAUUAAAUCAAAGUAAAAAAUACAUUCUUACAAUAAAAUGAUAUUAUGAUAUAACGUAGAUAAUGCAUAAUCAACUUAAUACAGCUGGUGUGGUAUAUUUCUACUACAGUUGGUUUGUUAAUAUAUCAUUUGGUAAUUAUGUUUUCUUAUUGGUUGAUUUAUUGACAUAUGUUAUUAUUUGUUCAUUAUAGCAUUAGCGAUUUAUAAAUUUUUAAACAAACGUAUAACGUUUAAUUUACAGUAAUUUCCUAAAUUUUGUAUUUGAACACGAUUCAAACUAAUAUAUUCACGUUUUGUUCACGUUUUUUUGUAAUAUUUUUAAACUGUGUUUGUAUAAUUUUUAUACUUAAAGUUAAUAUUUCAACAUUUUUUUCUGAAUAAAUGUUUGUGAUUUUUUUUAAA